AGUCUCUCUGUGUCUCUCUUUAUGACAAAACUUCACAGAGCCGGUGGAAAAGAGACCUGGAACAAGAUAACCCUGAGACCUGGAACCAAGAACCUGCGAUCUGGGAUCUUGAACCUGGGAGGAAAUAGGAGAGAUCCGAGACUUGGGGAAACCCCAGCUGAGGUUGGACAACUGCCAGAACGUGGGAGGGGUUCAGAAGAGGAAAGGGUGGCACGGGGUAGGGCUCUUGGCGGAGGUGGGGUUAGUGUCUUAGAUCGAGGGCUAAAGUCGAGACAGGAGCUUAGGUUUUUCGUUAGCAUCAGUAAGAGUCGGUGUUCGGACUGAGGGUAAGCUUAAGUGUUACGGGUCGGGUGUAAAGAGGAGGAUAGUUAGAGUUUCAGUCGCUGUCAGGUUUUACGAAUAGAGUCAUAAGAGUUGCGAUGUUAGGGUUGAAUUCGGGGUUGAGUUAAGAGGAGGGCCAAGAUUGAAAUUGGAGUGAAUUUCUUUUUUACGUGGUUGCCCGCAGCAGCGUGUUUCAGUGGAGCCCCAGAACUAGGUUUGGGUUAGUGGUAGCGACAGCGACGGGAGCUCGUCUCCUGCUAAGGUUAGGCUCAGGUUUCGUGACAGCGAGACAGUGACGGGGUGCGGGUUGGACUCUGGGCCGGGUUGGUGGCAGCGAUCUUGACAGGUCCUCCUCGGGUUGGGCUCCCCGCUCGUGGUGCUGUGACGAUGGCAGCCGGCGCGGCACUCCGGGGCCUGCAAGAAUGGUGUCGCCGUCGCACGGACGGAUACCCCGGCGUGAGCAUCACCAACAUGACCUCGUCCUUCCGUGAUGGCCUCGCCUUCUGCGCUAUCAUCCACCACCACCGGCCGGACCUCAUAGAUUUCCACUCCCUGAAGCAGGAAGACGUCUUGAAAAACAACCACCUGGCGUUCUCGGUGGCGGAGCGCGAGCUCGGCAUCCCGGCGCUGCUGGACGCCGAGGACAUGCUGGCGAUGCGGGUCCCCGACCGUCUCAGCGUCAUCACCUACGUUUCGCAGUACUACAACUACUUCAACGGACGUGCCCCGAUUGGAGGAGCCACCAAGAGGCCGUCGGGUCCUGCGGAGUCCGAGCCGUCCACCAAGAAGCCGACCCCCGCGGCGUCUGCUGCGGACAAAGAGAACGUCUUCAAGGGUAACGCGGCGGGAGCUCAGCGCCAUUCUCCCGCGCGCGUCCGGCCGGGGGGGUCUCUGGCAUCGAUAGGGGAGGGGUCCCCCGCCGGCGUCCACGCGCCCCCCACCGUCGCCGUCGCCGCGGCACCCCCCGCGGCCCAGGGCUCCACGUGUACGAUGUGCGGCCUACGCGUGCACCUGGUGCAGAGGCACCUGGUGGAUGGGCGCCUCUACCACCACAACUGCUUCAGAUGCAAGGAGUGCAGCAACACCCUCAUGCCGGGGACGUACAAGGAGGGCAAAGAGCCGGGCACCUAUGUGUGCCAGCACCACCGGGCCAGAUCCAUCUACGCCACCACCAUCAACGCCGGCACGGGCACAACCACCGCCACCACGACCACUCCCGGCACAGCCACCACCACCACUACCGGCACAGCAGCCACCACCACCACUCCUGGCACAGCCGCCACCACCACCACUACCGGCGCAAUCACCACCAGCAGUACCAGCUUCCUGUCCUCUCGGCUGAUGUCACCAAGCACAGCCAGCAGCAGCAGGGCCACGCCAGGCCGAGACGUGCCGACGAUCGGCAAGUUGAACGCCACGGCCACCCCCACCAUCUCUCAGCCGACCACGCCGUCAGCAAGAGAGGGCAGGGGCAUCGGCGCAACCUCCCCGAGCCCGGCCGCGCGUCUCACCGUGUCGCCCGUGCCGGAGAACAGCCGCACCAGCAAGGCCAGGGACACAUUCUUCUUGUCGACGCCGGCGUCAGGGCAGACGGCGCCGGGCUGGGAUAGAUUUGAGCAGAAACUUUCGGGUGGCGGGAGCUCGGACACCCCCACCUCAGGCCGGAGCGGGACCCCCGCCUCCCCGCGCUCGGACAAGAAGCGACACGAGGAGAGAGACAAAGCCAUGGAGAACGCGCGGCAGCUGCUAGCGAGGCGCCUGCCGAUUGGGCAGAGGUCAACGGUGGCGCCGACCACCAACGACCUCUCACCACCGUCUUCCGGAAAACUCUCACCAACUUCCAGGAAACGCUCGCCGGCCUCCGGUAACCUCUCGACAACCUCGGGCGAGACCCCCACGGUGACGCCCGCCGGCCACACGCCGAUCCCCUUGCCACGUCGCACCAUCCCCGAGCUCGUGCCGUCAAAGUGGGAGUCGUCAGUGUCUCCCGUGCCCAAAUACACGCCCAGUGCCACUCCGGAGAAGUCUCCCACCAGGACGAGGUUUGGCACGGGCGACACCGGUGUCGGUGGCGGCAGCGGCGGCAGCGCCGGAACUAGUCGCUCCCCGGUGGCUUCGCUCGCCGAUUCUUCCGUGAAGACUCCCGGUUCCAUCUACGCGGACAUCGUCCUGCGGAAGGCGACAACACCUGGGCAGCCGGCCGGGUUCCCAGAAAAAUCCUCAGCGUCGAAGAGCGGUGCCGGCGCGUUCGGUGUGAAGCUACGUCCCACCAAAUCGCCCACUCCGGUUGCGGGCGCGGGCACCACCGCCACCGCUGGUGGCACGACCCCGGCAGCCACCAAGACCCCCAGCGGCACUACCUCCGGCACCACCACGUUCGUCCCGGAGAGUGGCAGGGCUCAGUCGGUCACCGUCACCGUCACCAUCCCCGAGCAGCCGAGGCCGGUCGAUGGUGGCGGCCACCGCAGCACGGCGCAGUGGGAGGUGCCCGUCUCUCCGCCCCAGACAGGGUCUCCAGGCUCCGCUCUCUUUGGGCACGGAGACACGAAAGGUCGUGGCGGGUCUCCCUCCAAGACCGCCGAGACCCACAAAAAAACGUUCUGGAAGAAGAAUCCUGCUCCGGGAUAUGGAUACCCCCCAAAUCGCAUGCCGCGACGCAAGCCGGACACGUACAUGCCCCCGGAGCAAAUCCAGGCGGAGUUGAACUCCAUUUGCUUGAGCCUGGAUGAGAUGCAGCAGAGGGGAGUGCUGCUGGAGGCAGAGCUGAGGAGCUGUGAGGGAGGAGAUGGCGAAGAUGAGCUGCUCGUCAAUUGGUUCCGACUCAUCCAAGAAAAGAACCUGCUCGUGCGAAAAGAAUCUGAGCUGGCAUACAUCUCCAAGCAGCAGAUCCUGGAGGAGCGCCAUGCCGAGGUGGAGGACCAGAUCCGGCGGAUUAUGGGGCGGCCCGAGGCGGAGAAGGAUCGAGCACACGAGCAGGAGCUGCUGGAUGAGCUGAUAAAGAUCGUGCACGAUCGUAACCUCAUCGUGGAGAACCUCGAGAGGGACCGUCUGCGAGAAUUAGAAGAAGACAAGGCAUUGGAGGACAUGCUGUCUACAAAAGAUAUCUUCAAGAGCCAGGAGGCGGGCCAGGAGACGCCCAAGGACACUGGAAAGGAGACGCCCAAGGAGAAGAAAGAGAGGAAGAGGGCCGAGCAGGAGAAGAAGGACCUUGAGAAGAAGGAGAAGAUCAGGGCAGAAAAGGAGCGGCGGGAUCAGGAAAAGCAGGAGAGGCUACGAGCCGAGAAGGAACAGAAGGAAAAGGAGAAGCAGGAGAAGGAGAGGCAGCAGAAGGAACAGAAGGAAAAGGAGACAGAGAAGGAGAGGCAGCAGAAGGAGAAGCAGGAGAAGGAGAAGCAGGAGAAGGAGAGGCAGCAGAAGGAGAAGCAGGAGAAGGAGAGGCAGCAGAAGGAGAAGCAGGAGAAGUCAAAGAAAAACAAGGAAAAAGCUGAGAAUAAAAAGAACAAAAGUGACACCCUCACCAGCGAGACGGAAAACGGAAAGAUCGAAGCCUGACCGCCUUGAAGGUGGCUGCAUCAUCGGCAAGCGAGACUUAAAACGAUAACGGCGGUGGGGGGGGGGUGAGGUCACAGCGCCAUUGCAACCCACCCCCUCCACCAUCGCCGUCCAUGCCUUCCCAGUUAGCGCCACUCACGGCUUCAUUUCUCACCGAGUGUUUUCCGAACUGCUGAUACACUGGAGGUGGCACGUGACUAGUAGCCACAACCAUAGCGAAUAUUUUCCGGCUUCGGACCCGGCAGAAAUUAAUCCCUGACCGCCACUUCUUCCAGAGUACGAGUUUGGGGGCCGUCGGGUCGAGGGUGGCGCUUAGACGUGGUUUAAACUAAACUAAAACUUUUUAUUUUACCAGGUAAGGCCCACUGAGCUACGCAGCUCUUUUCAGCAGCGACCUGUCCACAAAUGAUAGCUCAAAUAAGUGGCUUAUGUGGAAAUUUAUAGCAGCCAAAUACUCUUAGUGCAUGUUUCUAAAUGUGGUGGGAAAACCCAGACGACCCGGAGAAAAUCCCCACGGGAAUAACAUUGCAAACGCCAAAUAUACAGGCAUUAGAGUCAGGAUGGAACCCACGACCCCUGUAUACCAGGCGAGGUACUUAACAUCUCGCCACCUGGGCACCAAGGGGGGUGGCGCCACGACACCGACGGCGGGGAUCCGCUGUGUUUUCAUUUUUGAACCCCGGCCGUUUUGAUUUUAGUUGUUUUUGUUUCCUUUUGUGGUUGCACUUUAGGGGUUUUAGACUGCAGUAGUUGUCUGACCGUCUGGGCUAUUUGCACAGCGGCCGGCAAGUGCAUGGGCAAGCUUCAAUUACACUUUACAGUAUAUUUCCCGUUUCUAACAUGUUCUCUUCCUUUUGUAAAAUGUAUACACUGCGAUAUUAAUUGCUGCUUUUGGGACUUAGAAACUCUCUGCAGCCUUAAGCUAGAACACUAUUGUUGCUUCCGAAAUAAAGUUGUGCAGUCUUUGUUAAAAUGGUGAUUUUCUUUUUUAUAUAUACUAAAAAAGACACACACACACAUCGACUUACACAGACAUCGACCAACACACAAGCAAAACGACCCACACACACACAU